GUGCAAUAUUCUUAUCCAAAUUACUUUUGGAGUGCAAUAAUUGUUGACCAAUAUAUUACAAGUGUCAUGAAUGCACAUUUUGCAUACCAACAAGGCUAUGUGCACACAGCAGGUCUUGAUCCAUUUUAUUUUUUUCACUGAAAUCCAAUUAUUUUUUUCAUUGGUUUUUAUACGAAUUAAAUGCAACUCCAGUCGGACGUCUAUGUAAAAGAUUUAUGGCUCCAAAGUGACCUGCGUGCAGAGAAGUUGCAAUACAUGUUGCACGGCAGCGCACUAUUUACCGUUUGGCACCAAAGUAACACAGCUGACCAAAGUGKCAGCGCUGCUUUCUUCAGCCAAUGUUUAUGUAUGGAUUUACAGCCAUCUGGCUUCCUCUGAUGCAGAAUUAUAAUGCAUGUCAAUUUUAUAAAAGUCAAAUAAAAUGUGUCAAGUUUCACAAAUGAGAUUUUUUUUUUUAAUUGGCUGAAAAGAUUGGAAUUGGACCGUUCAGCAUGCUGUGAAAAAAAUCAGAUCUGGGUCGCAUAUUGACAAAACAAAAAAAUCGGAUUUAGGUCGCAUGUGUCUGCUGUGUGAACAUAGACUUAAGAUAUUCAGCAUAUCGGACUCCGAGUGUCCAUGUAUUGUGGGAGAUGAGACACUGACCGUUAAAGGAAUCAUGGUGUUUGUGUUAUUUAAUGACAACAAUCAUUACAUUGACCAAGCAUUUAUUUGAGUCAGUAUAAAUGUCUGGCUUUGUUUUACUUCUCACAUCUGUUUUGAUGCUGUUUUUGCAUAUGACAGAAAAUCCCUAAAACAAUCUCCAAUUCAUUCUGUAUUUACUGCAUUUUGUGCAUUGUUUAUAAAAACAUUUAAAAAAUAAAAUGUACUUAUUGCAUUUAUUUAUUCAAGCAUUAAAAUGAUGUAUGUUUCACUUACCUAUUAAUUAGUCCUCCUCAACCAGGUGCGUAUUGGGUAUCUUCCUAAUAUGAGGGGAAACACUGAGGCUUCAACUACAUUCAGUCACUGACUAAAAAUAUAUUCUCCCUGGCUCCUGAUGAUCCUUUUUGUGUUAUUUCUUUAAACUACUCCUUAAGUAGGUUACCAAUUAGGGUGAUGGUUCGGUCAUGUAAGUCCUUCAAUUGCUUAUUUGAAAAAGAUUGUUUGGUUCCUGCAUUUAUUCACUUCAGCUGCAUUUUCCUCUAACAUUUCUGAAGAUAAAGCUUUUGGGGAUUUUGGUAGUAUAUAAAUAAGUCCAAUACAAUUAUUUGUUUUGUAGAAUAAACCAACCAACCGUCCUAAGCAUAGCAAAAUGAAAACUGGGUAGAAAGGUGUCCCGUUUUCAUAUAAAUUGUUUUAUUUUGAAAAGCUGAUAGUUGAUAGCGGAAGAGGUUUUCCAGUUCAGAACGUAACCGUCUGUUGUCAUGUUAGCCUUAGUUGCUAAGUCCUGAUAGUAAAACGUCCUAAAGGUUGUGUGUAAUUAAUAUGCCAGUCUUUUCUUGACAGUCUUAGAGAAUAUUUUUCUUACGGAUCUGUUGGGUCGAUGCGAUUAUUUCUAGCAUUAGCUCGCUGUUCGGAACGUAAUUAGCCUUCAUUAGAAGAGUGAAUGGAUUACUAUGUGGAGCUAAAGUAGUUGAUACCAGAGACUUAACCAGUGUUUUUAAUGAUGAAGUAUUUAAAGCUGAUGUUUUAAAGCUGCAUAUGGGACAGAGUGGACCCAGAAGUACCGACCAAGUUUCAGGCAGUGUAAAAACACAAUACGAAGGCCGGAUGGCUGAAACCUUGAUCUACUUAAAAAUGUGAAGGUUACAGACAAAGACUGUUAAAAGGAGAAGUCAAGUGGAGUGAGGAUGUCUGAGCUGAAGAAGACUGAAGCAGAUGAGCCUGCAGGGUUCAGCUUGGAGCCACCUGUACCUGCAGCAUCCACAUCAGAACUGGAGGAGGAAACGCAAGACGACAAAGAUCUCAUCCAUCAGAUGUUGGUGAUUAAAGUGGUUCCCCAGGACUGGAGCCCCGGUUUGGACCAUCGGGAUCCAGAAACCUUCCGCAUAAAGGAGGAAGACGAAGAACUGUGGAUCAGUCAGGAGGAAGAGCAGCUUACUGUGAAAACUGAAGAUGAAGAGAAACUUCCUCAAAUCAAAACCGAAGACAUCAGAGAGACAGAAGCUCUAAGCAGCAGCUCGACUGAACAGAGGGAAACAGAACCAGGUGGAGAGGACUGUGGAGGAUUAGAACCAGACUGGAGCCAAGAUCCAGUAGGUUAUUUCCAUAAAAGUACGGUGAUGGUUGAAGGAAAAGGUAAGACGUCUAAUCUGCCUCCUCAGCAUGAAGUGCACACAGGAGAGAAGCCAUUUGGUUGCAACAUUUGUGGAAAAAGAUUCAAACUUAAGACAAACGUUAAGUUACACCUGAUGAUUCACACUGGAAUGAGAGAACACAGGUGUGAUCUUUGUGGGAAGGGAUUUAGAGAAAAGCCUUCUCUUCAGACUCACAUGAGAGUCCAUACUGGAGAGACUCCAUUCUCCUGCGAAGACUGUGGGAGGAGAUUCCAUGCCAAGAGAAAUCUUAACAUUCACAUGAAGCUCCAUUCUGGAGGAAAAGCGUUUUCUUGUGAUGUCUGCGGUGCAAGAUUUAAGGUAAAGGAAAGCCUUAAAAAGCACGUGUGGAUCCACACUGAAGAGAGACCUUUUGUAUGUAGCGUCUGCAAUAAAGGUUUUUCACAACAAAAUAUCCUAAAGAGACACAUGCUUAUUCACACAGGAGAGAAACACUACAUUUGUAGUGUUUGCAGCAAAGGAUUUCUGCGACAAGGGGAUCUAAAGAGUCACAUGCGCGUUCAUACGGGAGAGAAACCGUUUACUUGUAGUGUUUGCAGUAAAGGAUUUUCACAACAAGUAUAUUUGAGAAGGCACCUCGAUAUUCACAACGCACAAUUUAGCUGUGGAAAUUGCGGCAAGUGUUUUGUGAAGGAGACGCAGUUGAAGCGACACGUGAGGCUGCACACAGAGGAGAGGCCAUUUGGUUGUGAUGUCUGUAAAAGCAGGUUUAUUCAAAGGAAUCAUCUUGAAAAUCACAUGAGAGUCCAUUCAGGAGAAAAGCAGUUUGUUUGUCAUGUCUGCAGUAAAGGGUUUUCCUUGCACGGAGAUCUGAAGAGACACAUGCGUGUACACACAGGAGAGAAACCGUUUGUUUGUAGCGUUUGCAGCCAGAGAUUUUCACGACCAGCGUAUCUGAGAAAACACAUGGAUGUUCACACUUUACCUUUUCAAAGCUUUAGUGAUUGUAGUUAACUUUGUAUGAAGGAGUUAGAGUUAAAGACUCAAGACAGAGAAACCUUUUGGUUGUGAUGUUUUUAGUAUUAGUAUUUUCAUCGUGAUAAGUACUUAACAGUUCAUCAAGGAGAGAAGACAGUUUAUUUCCUUAUUUUGCUAUAAAUGCUUUUUUUCAUAUAUAGGUGUUCAAAAGGGCUGCAACUUAUUAUUUUGAUGUCAAAAAUAAAAACGUGGGCACACCUUCUGUUACCAGUGCUGUGAAAUGUUUGACUACGCUCUCAAGUUUGCACAUCUGAUAAGUAUGAUCAAUGUUUUGUGUGGCCAAAUUUAUCAACCGCUGUUGGGAGUUUUCUCGACGUGGGAUGCCAAAACUGUGCAGUAGAUUGUUCACGUUUCUUUGUUUAUUGAAUUUGUUGUCAACUCAGGUCUAAGCCUUUUUCAUCCUGAAAGAGAGAUGAGAAAUCCACUUAGAGGACUGGGUAGAGGAGAGAAAGCCAGUAAACUGACCAUUUUCAUGGCAAUCAAAAAUAAAGUGACAAGUUUUUGAGACUGUUUUGUAAGUUUUGUCUUCUAUUUAUCUAGAACUGAAGUGACAUGUUAGUAGAUGAAUUAUUAUGCUUCAUUGAAACUAGAGACUGAACAGCCUUGCACUUAAUCAAAGUGUGUAGCACAAAAGUUUAUUUAAUGUUCUUUAAGUUAGGUUUAUACUUGAAGCAAAAGAUGAAGCAUUUUAGGUUAUUUGUUUUCAGAAAUAAUAGAUUUGUGCAAAAGAGUCAAACCAAGUAAGAGCAGCAGUUUAAGACAGAUUUGCAAGAACUGUAGUUCUGACAAAUAUUAGUUUCUUUUUGGUUUAAUAUUUUUAAGAAGCUCUGUGUCCUUGUUCUUUAUUCUUGCUUAUCAUUGUGGUGCAGCACAUUUGUUAAAGUUUUUUUAAGAUACAAAUAAAGUUGACCUUAAUAGAAA